CCGAGCCACCAACCCCUCUCGCGGCCAUGGACAUGUGGGCCCUCCACGUGAGGAGCGGUGGGGCCUCCUGCCUCGCGCCCGCGGCGAGGCAACCCACCCCGCCGCCGCUUGCCGCCGGCGAGGCCGGCUCGCUGGCUGCGGGGCGUGCGACGUGGCGGUGGAGGCGUCAGCCGGCGCGGUGCCCGAGGCUGGUGGUCAGCGCGUCCGGGAGGAAGGGCAGGAGCGGCCGGGACGACGGCGGCGACGACGACCCGCCCAAGAACAAGGCGUCGUCAUCCUCGUCCUCUCGCUCUUCUGGAAAAGGUGAUGCAUCUGCUCCUGGUGGAGAUGUUUCAAAUAAUGAACCACAAUCCAAUGACACAAUGUAUGUACCAAGUAAUUUGUCAUAUUGGCGAGACGUUAGAGCAAGUUUUGUUAUUCCAAAGGUGCAGACAAUAGAUGCAAAUGCUACAGCAUUGGAUGGAACAGUACACUGUCUUCCUCGGAAGUGGGCCCAUUCUAUUCCGAUGCCAGAAUCUGGCUGUGUGUUGGUUGCAACCGAAGAGCUUGAUGGCAAUGGUACGUUCGAGAGAACUGUCAUCCUCCUCCUCAGAUCAGGCUCAAGAGAUGCUUAUGAUGGCCCAUUUGGUGUCAUCCUAAACCGCCCAUUGUAUACAAAGAUGAAACAUGUGAACCCAUCGUUCCGCAACCAGGCAACCCCGUUUAGUGAUUGUUCCCUCUUCUUCGGUGGACCUGUCGACAUGAGCGUAUUCUUGAUGAGGACUACUGAUGGCAGACCAAUCAAGGGGUUUGAAGAGGUGUCACCAGGUGUCUGCUUUGGUUUCAGGACUGACCUAGAGAAGGCCAGUGGUUUUCUGAAGAAUGGUGUGCUCAAGCCUGAGGACCUGAAUUUCUAUGUUGGGUACUCUGCUUGGGAUUACGACCAGCUGUUGAGUGAGAUUGAUCAGGGAUACUGGCACGUUACUUCCUGUAGCUCAGGCCUGAUAAGCGACGCUCUUGCAAGAGAUCCUUCUUGCCUAUGGACUGAGGUAUUGAAGCUGAUGGGAGGCCAGUAUGCGGAGCUGAGCCAAAAGCCAAAGGAAGAUGGCUCGUGAAAAAUCUUGCUUGCUAGCAUAGUUUGGCACAGUUGUUGCCAUAAGUUUGUAUAUAGUUGGGAAUAAUCUCACCCGGUCACUGGCCAGGGUAAUUGAACAGUCUUAGUAAUAGUUUCAUGUGGCGAUCUUUUUCGUCUGUAUUACCUGAUCAAAUAUUGUGUAGUACUGGUGAUAGAACAAUGUUGGGCUGUGAAUAAUUACUGGUGUUACGUUCA